AAAAAUGUAUCAGAAGGAGCAGGAGGAAGUGAUACAGCACAUGACCACUGACUGGAACCGAACCGGGGUAAUCAGGGCGAGGCCCCUUUUUGUGUGAUCCCCCUAUGCCCCCACCACCCCACCCCUCAGAUCUGACCACAUCUGGCCACCCCUGUGGACACAAAUGUUCUAAGGGCGCCACUGCCAAUGCUAUCUACAAGCUACAGUGAGAGAACAGGCUGAGCGGCAGCUGGCGGAGGAGUGUGUCCAAUGGCUGAGCUGAGUGGGCGGGCUGUGGUGAAGGGAGAGGCGGGCUGCAGCUGCCAGCUGUUGGAGAGCAGCGCACUUUGUGAUCUGUAUCUAACUAGUGCAUCAUCAGGUGAAUACAAUCUACGCUGAGGAAGCACCGACACGGAGGACGAGGCUAACAUCACUCGGCUGACUGAACACCUUGAUGCUUUCUCUCUCGUUUUUAACUCGCAACUUUACUGUGCCUGCUGCUGUGGUGUCGACUAAGAAGGUGAAAGUUAGCCGUGAAGGAAAGGUCGCACAACCAUCAACAGGCGUCUGAUUAACAGAGGGCAGAAAAAUGGGAAGGAAGAAAAUACAGAUCUCCCCCAUUUUGGACCAGAGGAAUAGACAGGUAACUUUCACCAAGCGGAAGUUUGGUCUGAUGAAGAAGGCGUACGAGCUGAGCGUACUGUGUGACUGUGAGAUCGCCCUCAUCAUCUUCAACAGCACCAACCGUCUGUUCCAGUACGCCAGCACAGACAUGGACAAAGUGCUGCUCAAGUACACGGAAUACAGCGAGCCGCACGAGAGUCGCACCAAUUCAGACAUACUGGAGACGCUGAGAAGAAAAGGUCUGGGUCUUGAUGGCACAGAGCAUGACAGUGAGGAGGCCUCCGAAAAAUACCCUCGACGAGAGGGCGUGGAUCUGACUGUGGCCCGCCAGCGCUUCUACGCUCCGUCACUGCUCACCCCUGAGGCCCAGUUUCUGUUGUCUGCUGGCUGUGAAAACAGCUUCAACAGUAACUCUGGAUCAGACGGGGCUUCACACAGACCCCAGGCCUUCAAACCCAUCAGCUCCAGACCUGGUUCUGCCAGUCCUGCAGCGUCACACAGCCAAACUGGGUUUAUGUCUCCACAGUCAGGUAUCGGUUACUCUGUGUUGUCCCACAGCAGCCGCACUCUGGACGUGAAGAGUCCUCCUCCUCUGAACCUGGGCAGCGAGGUCCUGCGGGGAAAUGCUGCUAAUCAGGCCGUACGUGUGAACCACAACCACAGCUCAGCUGUAAGUAGCUGCUGCUGCCCUCUCAGAUUGAAGAGGUGUCAACAACAGGCAGCACACGCUGUCAAAUCAACACUCGACACCCAAGGCUGCUUUGCCAACACAAGUGUUAAUAGGGGACUGUUGUACCAGGGUCUGCACAACAGCGGCUCCAUGGUGACCAUGGGUAAGGCAGGACUGCUGGGACACAACAUGGGAGGCUACAGCCUUCCCUCCCCCAUCUCUCCAGAGUACAAUCAGUCUGGUUUCUAUCAGUCUGUCAGUCUACAGAGAGGAGCAGUGAACCCCUGGCAGACAACGCAGCUCCCCCAGGAGCCUCAUAAUAAUGCAGGGAUGUCCAGUGGGGGGUGCUCUUUCUCUUCACAGUGUUGCUCCUCCGCCGCUCCUAAUCUGUCCUCCCUCAACCUCAACAUCAAAUCAGAGCGCAGCUCUCCCGAGCACAUGUCCUCACCCACCACUCCGCCUUUGCACCACCUGCGACAGCCUUCUCCAAUCAGCGACCUGGAUUCGGCUUGUCGUACACCACCGGAAAGACAGCCGUCCAACGGAACAAAAGAAUUUCCCAAAGGCCGUUACCCACCGGAGGAGAAGGAGGCUGGACAGCCAGUGAGGCCAUCAGAGAUGAUUGACAGCUGGCACAGAUAGCUGGCUGCUGCAGGAUGGCCACCGUCUCUCUCACCCGCCUCUCACCUCCCUCACCGUCACCCAUGUUCCACCAUAAGCAGUGCAUUUAUCUAUACCUGGAAAUAAAAGCCCAUGGUCCCAGACAGGAAGGAAGCCUCGUUCUGGUCUUAUCACAUAGAAUUGGAAAAAACACCAAGGGUCGUCUGAGUGUCAUGGUGUGAAAUAUAGACAUUUUCUUUCUUUGGAUUUUUGUUUGUUUGUUUGUUUGUUUGGGGAGAUGAUGUGGUUAAAAAUUUAAGGUGAGUGUAAGGUCUGGGACUUAGCCAGCUACAGCUGAGCUGUGGGACCAACGUUCUAACAAAAAUGGGCCUGUCAUUGACUUUUAGUUCAACCUAUGAGGUUGAUAACGCUCAGACAAAAAUUUAAAAGAAUUGCCAUAAAAUUAUCCACCUUUUUUUUUUUUUUGUAAAGAUUCCCAAAAAACACAUCUAUCUGUCUAUAAACGCUUAAAAUUCCUCAUCUGUUUCACACAUCAGCCCAGUCAUCGCUGACACCUUUGCCUUAUUUUUAAUGGUUAAAUGUGCCUAGACAUGUAUCAAAGUAAGGCUUUUUGGUGUUAUUGUUGUCGUCUAAAAAAUUGCCUUGAAGCAAAGUGUUUUGGAUUCAUUGAAUUGCCAGUCUAAUAGCAAACUCAUGCUGAACGGAGAGUUUGUUUAAAAAAAACAAAAAAACGGUCUUAAACAAACAGAGAUUUUCCUCCCUAAAAGUACUGGGAUGUAUAUUUUGCAGUACACUGUCGCCUCUGCAUCUGUGUAGUACCAUUUAGAUGAAACCAUCUAACAUUUCAGUUCAACUGGAAAUAGGUCAAAAAUGUGUUUUGUUUUUUUUUUGCUGGCUUUUUCGCCUGGUGGUAGAAACGCCAGAACGUUCUUUAACCACAAUGCUUCACAGCGGCUCACGGUACACAUUUGUUUUGUGUUUAAAUGACAACUGAAAACCCUAACGUGUACUUGGGCCACAUUGCUAAAUGUUGCCUAAUCUCACACGUACUUUUAAAAAAGGGCGUGUCCGUAUUGACUUUAAAUGUUCCUUAUUUUUGAAUGUAAACCCUAUAUAUAUAAAUAUAUACAGAGAGAUGAUUCAUUUCCGUCCUAAUAUUUUUCUCUCCACAAACAAUAUAAUAAUGACAUCAUUUUAUUGACAAUCAGCUUUAAACAGAGACCAAAGUGUUCCUAUGCAAUACUACAGCAUCCAAGGAAGUACAAUCGUGGCCAAAAUAUCGAAAUACCCUGCAAUUCUGUCAGAAACUGCAGAAGAUUUCAUUUUUCCAGGAAACGUUUGCAAUUUGCAGAUGUUAUCCGUACUGGACAAAAAUUGUAAGAAAUAAUAGCAUUUCGUGCGUCAGAUGCUCCUGCAAGAACAGAAAUAAUGCCAUCCAACUUGAUAUGUUAGUUCAAAUGUAGUUUUACUCCCUGUGUUUGGACGGAACAACGAAAUUGAUGUUUUUUGUUCCAGAAAACUUGGAUAGAUUAGAGACAAGUAGAGCUUUUUGUUGGAGGAAAAAAAACAUUUUGUUGAGUUGUUUACAGACCUUCAAAGAAAAUAGAGAGGUCUGAGAAACUCAGUUGUAUGAAUUUAUUAUUUUCUUCAAGGUUGUGCUACCAAAUUUAAAGUUAAAUAUUCCAGUUAUUUUGUCCAGUGCAGUUGUUUUGAGUUCCAAGUGGAAUUGUAUCAGGUUUUUUUUUUAGAAGAAGAAUUAAAAAUGUGGACGCAUCACUGCCGUAGGAGACGUGGUGUGUCAUCUGGCAAAAAUGCAAGAGCGCUGAUAUUAUUGGCCAUGGCUGUAUGUAAUUAAAUAUAGCUGGUCUAUUCAGGUCUGAUUAUAAGACUUUUUUACUGAGUGGCUUGGUUUGUGUGUGUGUGUGUGUUUGUGUGUGAUAAUAUAGAGAGAUUACUGAAUCUAACCUGAUUAGUUCUAAUAUUUACACUUUGUUCGGUAAAAUGUGCUUUUAUUUAUGACGACUGUCCACGAAAGGUGUUCCUGUAAAUAUAUAAAUGUUUUAAUGAGAACGGAGAGCCUUACAUUUUAUGGACAAAUUAUGUAUUUUAUUAGUUUUAUCUGAGGAUCGUCAUGGAAAACAUUUGGCCAGUGUUGUCUUUAUUUAAACACUGUCAUUAAGAUAAAUAUGAGCAUGAAAAUAAACCAUCCGAUUUGGGAUAUGUUGCUUAGUGAACGCUUCUUUAGCAGUACAGGGACCUGUUUUAUUUUGUGCUUCGCGUGAUUGUUUUUAAAUAGAGAUGAUUUGUAUGUUUACUCCGAUGAGAUGUUUCGUUUUUUUUCAUGUUUCUUCUCAAAAGAGAUCCUACUGUAACACGGGGGUCGCCAGUUAUAUUUGUCGGAGGGCCAGAAUUUGUCUGGACAGACACCCUGGGGGCCGGACACUCAAAAAAAUGAAAUAAAAAUCACAUUUUUGUGACCUUGCCUCCGAA